UUGAUCGCCUCUCCGGCGGGCCCAUCUGACAGCAACUCUCACACCCCGUGUGGACAUGGCGUCGCUGCGCCGACGCGCGAUGCGUCCGCGCCUCUCUGUGGGAAUUCGCCAGGCGCGCGCCGGGACGGCCCUCCUUGGUUCCCGUCGCUGGUAACGGCGAUCAUUCAUGGCGAUGGAGGACGAGGACAACAACGCAGCGGCCAGCGCCAAACAGAAAGGAGGUGAUGUCGGAGAUGACGGGGCUUGCAUCGACAGGCAGCCGGACGCGGUGGCGCACCGAGCGGGGCUCAAUCCGACCGCGGGACGCGGCAGCCGCAGUGGUCCCGGAUCUCACGCUGCGACGGGGAUCCGCGUGCUAAAGCGUAACAUGAAGAGGAACGGGAGUCGUGGCUGCGUGACGAGAAAAAACAGAUUUGGAUCAAGAGAGCGGGACUGGCUAAAGGGGGACACCCAGCGGGGCUGUGUGUGUCUGUAUGGGGGGACAGUGGACCCCCAGCCACCUGCAUCUGGUCCACAAGCCUCCUCCACCCCCCAAACAGACCUGCAGUUGGUGCUCUGCUCCACCACCACCACAGUGGAGGAACUGUGCGCUCAGAGGGACGGACAUGGACUCUAUGUUCAGCUGCACGGAGACCUGGUCAGGCGGCUGGACCCCACCGAGCGCCCGCUCCAGAUGCUGUACGACUACCUGGCGGCUAUGGGCUACGCAGAGCCUGUGCGAGUGCAGCAAGAAGCCGCCAACUCAGACCUCAGCUGUUUGAUCCGUUUCUACAGUGAGCCUCCCGUGAAUGCAGACCAGCAGGAGAGGACACUGCUGAAAGGAAUAUUCAACGUCCGGAAGGGCAAGUCGCAGCUGCACAAGUGGGCCGAGCGGCAGGUCAUCCUCUGCGGCACCUGUCUAAUUGUGGCCUCCGUCAAAGACAGCCUGACCGGGAAGAUGCACAUCCUGCCCCUUGUGGGGGGAAAGGUGGAGGAGGUGAAGCGGAGGCAGCACUGUCUGAUGUUCAGCUCAGCCGGAUCUCAGGCCCAGACAUACUUUGUCAACUUUGACGCACUGGCAGACUACCAGCGGUGGCAUCGGCAGGCAUCAAAAGUGGUGUCUCAGACAGUCAGCCUGGUGGACCUGUCGUGCUACAGUCUGGAAGUAGUGCCUGAAUAUCUCUUUUACAGUCAGGACAUCACCCACCUCAACCUGAGGCACAACUUCAUGAGCCUUCAGGGGCCCGGGGGUCUGCUCAACCUGCCCAAGUUUUCACAGCUGAAGAGCCUGAACUUGUCUCACAACCGGUUGGGUGUGUUCCCCGAAUGUGUGUGUGAGAUCCUCACCCUGACUGAACUCAACCUCUCCUGUAACAGUCUCCUAACAGUCCCUGUGCAGAUCGGCAACCUUCAAAGCCUGCAGAUACUGUCUUUGGAUGGAAACCAUCUCAGCUCCCUGCCCGAAGAUCUGGGGGGCCUGUCCCAGCUCAACAGCCUGGGGCUUUCCUUUAACAACUUCUCUCACAUCCCCGCUGUGCUGGAGAGGCUGAGUGCAGUGGACAAGCUGGCCAUGGCUGGGAACACAGUGGAGAGUCUGGAGUUGUGUACUCUGGCCAGAAUGAGCCACCUGAAAAACAUCGACCUCCGAUUGAACAGGCUGCAUUGCGUGAAAAGUGAGAGUCUAGAGGCAGUGAGCCAGGUGACCCAGCUGGAUUUACGGGACAAUUGUUUGGACUCCUUGGACCUGAGCUCCGUCUGCAACCUGGAGACUCUGCACUGCCAGCGCAACCAGCUCGGAACACUCACACUCAGCGGUUUCACACUGCGCAUGCUUCACGCCAGCAGCAACCGACUUCCAACAGUCAACAUCUAUCCAGUCCCUAACCAGCUGACAUCCUUGGACCUAUCACAGAACCUUUUGGAGUACCUUCCGGACUGGGUGUGUGAUUGCAGAAAAAUUGAGAUGCUGGACGUUACGCACAACCUCCUGUCUGAGCUCCCGUCCAGACUGCUCAACAGCUUGAGUUUGAGAAAGCUGCUGGCGGGGAACAACUGUUUGCAGAGAGUGCCUGACCUACUUGACCACAUCCCUCUGGAAGCCCUGGACCUCCAGCACAACAAGCUAGCCGAGCUCCCUGAGAGUCUGUUCUACAAGGCCUUAAACCUAAAAUACUUAAAUGUGUCAGCCAAUGCCCUGGACAGCAUUCCUCCCAGCAGCCCAUCCGAGGAGAGCCUCAGCACGCUCCAAGAGCUCUACCUGACGGCCAACCACCUGAAGGAGAACUGCGGAGCUCUGUUGGUUGGACAUCAGAACCUGCGGGUCCUUCAUAUCGCCUACAACCAGCUGCUCUCCUUCCCGGCCAGUAAACUGAGUAAGCUGGAAAUGCUGGAGGAGCUCAAUCUAAGUGGCAACAAGCUAAAGGCCAUCCCCUCCACUGUGUCCAGCUGUAAGAGACUGCACACCCUCAUUGCACACUCCAACCACAUCACUGUCUUUCCAGAGAUCCUCAACCUCCCUGAGAUCAAGCUUGUAGAUCUCAGCUGUAACGAGCUGACGGAGAUCCAGCUGCCAGACUCGCUGCCUUCCACUCUGCAAGAGCUGGACCUGACGGGCAACAGCAGCCUGAUGCUGGAACACAAAACCCUCAAUCUCUUCAGUCACAUCACCACCUUGAAAUUAGACCAGAAAUCCACCACGUCAGUGGGAGACUCACAGAGUGGAUCCACUCCAUGGAACCACGGUUACUCUGAAAUGAGCGGCCAAAGAAACAAGUUGUGUGUGUCUGUACUGGCCGUGGACCGGUUUGGAGACGGUGUGGAAGCAUGUUAUGGCAUCUUUGACGGCGACCGCAAUGAGGAAGUACCUCGGCUGCUGCAAUGCACCAUGGGAGAUGUGCUAUGCGAGGAACUGCAGCACUCCAGUAUUGACAGUGUGUAUAUGUGCAACACUUUCCUCACCUCACACAGGAAACUAGGAAUGGCUGGCCAGAAACUGGGUGCUUCUGCCUUGCUGUGUUAUAUUCACCAUGAGCCUUCAGAUCCAGGAAGCUACUUCAGCCUCACCGUGGCCAAUGUGGGCACCUGCCAGGCAGUUUUGUGCCGGGACGGGCGACCUGUACCUCUCUCUAAGGUCUACAGCUUGGAGAACUCCACCGAGGAGAUGGAGAGGGUUAAGCUCAGUAAAGCCAUUAUUACCGAGGAUAACAAGGUGAGUGGAGUGACAUGCUGCUCUCGCCUGCUGGGCUGCUCUUAUCUGUCUCCCUGGGUGCUUCCAAAGCCCUGGGUGCACACUGAGCCUCUCUGUACCAAGGAUGAGUUCUUGAUCCUGGGGAAUCGAGCGCUGUUUGAACGGGUCUCGUACCAGGAGGCCGUGUGCACUGUGCAGGCCGUGCGGGAUCCUCGCGCCGCCGCCAAGAAGCUGUGCUCACUCGCUCAGAGUUACGGUUGCAAGGACAACAUCGAGGCUGCGGUGGUAUCCCUGCAUAUCGUUGAGGACAGCUGUACCUGUGAGCCACCGGUCCCCUCCACCGAACCACGGUGUCCCCCUCCCAUCGCUACUGUGACCCCGGGGCCCACUGACCCAGUCGCCCCGUCGUCCAACUGCGGCAUCGUCUCCGAGUGCAACGGUGAGGCAUCAACCUCCGAGGUGGGCGGCGAGGCCGGGUCCACCGCUCCGGACGAGCACCCGUCGUCUGUGCUGGCAUCGCGCCCGGAGCGGCGCUGUAGCCUUCACCCUGCCACUACACUGUGUGGCAUCAUGGUGCCGGGCGCAGUUGGGGCAGGAACCCAUCUGGGUCUAUUCCAGCGGCAGCCGUCCUGCACCACUUUCUCAAGCAACCACUCCGACAACGGCUUGGACAGUGACGACGAAGCUCCACUCGAGGGCGUUAUCUCCAAUGGCAGCAAGUUGGAAGUGGAGGUUGACAUUCACUGUUGUGCUUUCCAACUACGCUCGGGGGCCCCUGAAAGCUCCAAAGACUUGGAGCUCAAAAAGCGAGGCUCUGACUAUCCCAAUGGCAAAAUGCGAAGACAGAACAGCGUGGUGGUUUCUGCCACAAACGGCUGCCUUCUGGCCGUGUGCGGGAGAGAGAUUGCAGACCUCAAAAAGUCUCCUUCCACAUCCAGCCUGUUUGGGAAGAAACUGUCCAACGGCUCUGUGGUGGCCCCCGAGGACAGUCACAACCUCAUCGAGGUGGCACUGGAGGCUCCGAAGAAGAAAUCCGGCUACUUCACUGCCCCAGCACAACAGGACCCCGAGGACCAGCUCAUUGUGCCUCCCAGUUUGGAGCAGGAGGUCAGGGAGCAGCUGAGAGGCCAGAGCCCUCUAGUCUCGGCCCUCCCUGUGGCCCCUUUAGCAUCCAUACCCCCUUCCUGUAAAGACUCCGUGUGGGACCAUUCACAGCCGCCUGCAUUUCCUUCUCACCUGGUCCCAGGUCCAGGACCGGUGCCCCUUCUACAGCACGAAGUCUACGAUACCGCCCUCUAGAGGGAGAGUGCUGUGGGGGGUGGGAGAGAAGGUAGCACAGCGUCAUUUGGCUGGAAUUCUGUGAUGGUGCCAUUCCAGGGGGAAGAAGUGGAGAUUUUUCACAUACACAUCGGAGAUAUUCCAAUUCAAGUUGCCAUUCAGGUGAGGCUACAGGGAGAAAAAAAAGAUCUCUGAGUAUCGAAGAUAUUUGGAGCAACCAAAAUCCCAGUUCAUAAAAAAAGUCAUUAUCAUAUCAUUGACCAAAACAAGCCUGACUUGAGACGGGAUACCUCACGUGUUUAAAACAUGUCAGCAACAUUUCCCUUUACUUGGAAAGCAAGCAAUCUGGAGGGUGUGAAGGAGAGAUUGUGUUCAGUGAGCUCAAAGCUCCUCUCAGAGGGCUCCGUGGUCCUGAAGAGAAGUCCUGUGACUGAAACUUGAAAAAGUGCCUACUGCAGACGACUCAGCCUAAAGCUCUCCCACACCAAAGCUGUGUUUGGGGAUGUGAGCUCGUUCGUUCAUUUCGGAGGAGGGACGGUGUUUCCAAAAGACCUGCACUGGCACAGCUUCUGCUCUGCUCCUCUUCCUGUGGCUUAUAAUGGAAAUCAGACGGUGUAAAUGCUUGUAAGGCACAUGUGAAGACAAAAUAACUGCAUUUGCAUAGACAGACACUUUAUGGUUGGGUUUUAUUUUUAACAUUCCCACACAAUAUGUAUAGACUUGUCUAUAUAGGAUUAAUGAAUUCUAGACAAUAUAGUGCACACUCUGCAACUAGAAGCCGACUGACGUGGCGUCCUUGAGCUGCUGACACCAAGAUUGAAACGUGUCACUGUUCAGAACAAUCCAUUUUGAAUAGCUGUCAAAAAUGAUUUAAAAGUCAUUCAACUGUACAGAGCGGAGGUGUUGUGGAGUUCAAAAGCCCCUGUGACGGUGCACGAUGAAAUGGUCUCCUUUAAAACUGCGUAGAGGAAUUCAAGCUUAGUUUUAUGGUUCCAGAUUAGUGGACUCCAGGAUGUUUGGAGAUCAUUUCUUAUUUCAUUUUUUCAUAACCGAUGAAGGAUGAAAGCAGUAUUAAUAUGUACUUUAAGAUAUGUCCACUGGUAUUCCGUUUUUAGAUUUAAGGGGCUGCUGCUCUGUUAAACAUGUAAACAUCUGUCCAUGUCCUCGGAGACAUUAUUUUUACAUAUUGGCAAACAUUUCUUUCUACUUUGCUCUGUACUGCGCUGCCCGCACAUCUAGAUGGCCCAUUACAUUGAAUUACAACGAGAACCAAAACCAGGUGUGUUUUUAAAAGAUCCCACAAAGUUUGAUUGAAGGAAGCGCAGACAUUAGGGACAAAGAAACCAUUUUCUUUGCUUCCAAGUAUUGCAUAUGUGCCAUUUCCUGAUCAGGGGUCAAUACUUUUCGGAUCACACAGUUGAUACAAUAAUAAUGAUUAUCAUUGCAGCAAUAUAAUGCACAGGUUCACAACGUUACUACAAGUAAAUUAGGCAUUUUACCUAUAUUAAGUCACAAUAAGUGAGCCGGUAAUAUUGUCACUUCAUGAUCAUCUCCAUUUUUUUUCUAAUAUUUGAAAGAUGAAUAAUAUUUAUCUGAGUUGAAAGUUUAAAAAAACCAACCUACGUUAUAUAUUUGACUCAUCAGGUCAGUAUGCGGGAGCCCUGGCCGCCUCAGUUUGCCCGUUCUUGAACCUUCCCACCUUGUGCCAAAAGAGAAAGCAGCUCUGCCGGGGCUGCUGUGUUUUAAGAAGGCCAAAGCUGACACAUUUCAUGAAUAUUCUUGGUAACCACUCCAAGUCGGUAGUGGUGCAGUUCUGCCAAUCUACAUUUGUUGCAUAGCUGCACCUUUUUUUUUUUAGUGUUUCCCUUUUAGCCUUAAAGUAAACACUUCUCAGUAUUUUUGAAAGGAGAAGCGCGUUGUUUCAUUCCACCCAUGUUCUUUGUGUGGUUUGUGAGAGCAGCCCCCCCUCGGCCCUUUCGUUGCUCCAAGGGAAUGAGUGGUAAGUCAAUCAUGAAGCCUUAAUUGAUGUGUGAGUCUGAAUCCUUUCUUAUAUUGUCUCACAAUUAAAAAGCACUUUGUACAUAUAGAAUAGUGAUUUUCAGAGUAAUAUAUAUUUCAGUUUAAUAUAUGAGCUAUUUUUCAACAUAGUGUGCUUUUAUUAUUGGGGCUUCCCUCAGUCGAACAUAUCACCUCUUGUCCAUGAUUACAUAGCUAACACAAACCGUGCUUACUUACGGUGACAGUUCACCAACCAGACAAUUCACAUUCACUUCAUGGCGGGUUUCAAUAGGACGAACAUUCCCUAUUUUAUUGAAGCGCAGCUUUCAAUAACAUCCAGAUUUUACUAAAUAAUAUUUACAUUUUACACAUCCGUACCACAAAGGGCACUAUAUACGUUUUCAACAUACUCCCACUAACACUAUUUACCUACUUUACUCUUAUUCUCUCGAGAUGAAUUUGCCCCUCCUCGUCCUCCCCUGGCAGGAUACAAGUUAUUUAUAACACACGAUUGAUUUUUUGCUUGAAACAAUGUGCCAAUUGAUUCCUCCACAUCUGGCGUACGAGGAAAUGUUUUUUUGGAACCUCUCCAUUAUAAUUACAUCCAACGUAAGCAUUAGUCCACCACAAUCCACAUCAAGCAGCCGGUGUUGCUGUCGUCAUUUAGAAUUUAGACACUGAUGCCAAAUAACUUUUUUGUUUUUCUUUUUCUAAAAUUUAGAAUAACAAACCAUAAUUAGUAAUGCGGCUAAGCAAUUGCUUCCCAUUCACUUUACUGAUUUACGGACUGUGAGGUGUCUGAGAUGUCAGACUGACACGAGGUGUCGGGCGUCUGGACCGACGGCCCUGAAACAUGGACACGAACUACACGUGCAGCUAGAAAGGCUGAAAGACCGAUCAUGGUUGUGAAUAAUACUGGAAAUUUAACUUUCCACAAGGUUUGAAACUAAAUUGUGGGAAAUGGCUUAUACAAAUAUGCAAAGUGUUAAAUACAUACAUAUUCAUGUAUAUCAGAGCUUCAUUUUCAUUCCCUAAAACUACAAGGAUCCUAAUUAUUCUCAAUAUGUCUGAAAAUGAAUAAUGACUGUUUUAUGUAUGAUGUGUGUGAUAUGGGAUUGUGUUUGCAAGGUGUAUUGUGUAUUGCUCUUUUUCAUUUACUGAGUAUGUCCCUACUUGUAUUUUGUAUUUCAUUUGAACUGCAACUUUCACUGCUAUUCAAAAUCACCUCUGCCCUUUUUUUUCUAGUAGUUAAUUAAUUCUGUCUGUCGACUGGUACACACCAUAUAUUCACCCACUGUCCUGUCCUAUAAACUGUUUCUAACCUGAAGUAUUUUUGAACAUAGAUCCGUCUGUCUGCAUGUACACAUGCAGACUGUGUGCAUAGAUACAGGCCGAGGGAGCACGCGCUACAGUGCAUUGGCUUCAAAUAUUCCUUUAUAACUAUUUAGUGGAGGGGGUCCAGUGGGGAAAGGUUCCCCUUCUCUUUUGAGCACCAAAAUCUAGAGUACGGGCAUUUCAGUAGGCAACAGUGGUCAAGUUGCUGAUUAAAUUCUUAACUGGAAAGUAUCGUUUUCUGCACAACUUGACAAGCUCCCUGUACGACAUCGCAAAAUGUCUGUGUUGUGAAAUGAAGCUUCAGUAAGUGUGUGCAUGCCUGUGUGAAUAAUGGAUUGAGUUUAUUGGGAAUGAAACGGAGCCAAGAUCCAGUUCUUUAACAUGUGACCAAAGUAGCCAUUGUUUAAUCUCACGGUUCCUUUCUGUAUUGUAUAUUGUUUUCUAGAAAUGCUUGAAUAUUUUUUUCUUGAUGCCAAGAAACUGGUGUUUAUUUUUGUACUUCCUUAUUUCAUGCAAAUUUACAUUUCCCUCUCUACAGAAUCUAAAGUGAUUUCCAGUUAAAACUGUCUCUCAUAGUGGUACUUUUUUUGAAGGUACUAAUUAAAGUUGUAUUUAAUGUUGAAAGCAUGACCUGAAUAUAAAUCCAAACAUAAAAGCAUUGACCACAUAUAAAACAUAAUUUAUUUGUACAAAAAGGAGCAUAUCUAAUAUUUUGAAGUUCUUAUUUGAUCCUGCAGAUUACUGAUUAAUUUUAAUUAAGAUUAUUAAUCAAAAGGUGUAUUAUUUAGGAACAGGUCCAACCAUGGGGACUUUUGCUGAUAUCAGACAGACUUGUCGUCCCCUAAAACUUUGAGUGGAGGACGGUUGUUAUUUUUCUUUGAACUGCUGCUAUCAUUAGUUUUGAGCAGACACGCUGUUUUUAAAUUAACUUUAAGCCAAGUAGCAAUAAAACUUUUUACUGUGAAUUCGCCGUGUCCGUCUUGCUUACCGGAUUUUAUGAUGAUUUCAUGCCAAUAAAUAUCAUCAAAAUGA